CUUUUUUUUAAAUCGCCUCAAUUUAAGGUUAUGUUUUUGUUUUGUAAGGUUAUAUCAUAUUAUUAAUAAAUAUUUCACAAAAAAAUACUGAAUAGUAAGCAAAAUGUUCGAACCAUGGAAUAAUAGAUCCGUAUUACAACCUCCAAUAAACACAGCAGCAUGUAAAAACUUUGAGUUUAAAAUACUUAAAAAUAUUUGCAACACCAUCAUUCAUGUACUAUCAAAGCAAUCUCCACUACAUAAAGAAAGUUCUAUAUUUUCAAGAUUUCUAUAUAAAUUUGACAAGAAAUUUAGAAAUGACAUUGGAUAUAGAUAUUUCAAAAAAGUUAAUGUGGCUUUACGCUCAUAUUUGAGAUUACCUUUAAUUAAAGAUGUUCAUAGUUUUAUGGAUGCUUUGCCUAUCACGAAUGAAACAACAUUAGCCCCUACUAAACAAAUGUUGGAAUAUGUUUUGAUACGACUAAUGACAUUUUGCAAGCUUAUGUACCGAGUUACACUUUGUUCCAAACAAGCAGCUGUGUUCUAUUUAAACAGAAUAAAGAGAGGCGAAAGUCAUUGGAUGUGUCUCAUGCCUUUUGCUUUAUUGAGUAGAGUUUGGUCCAUGGCAUUUGUAUUGUUACAACACUCUUGCAACUGGUACAAUCAAUUGUAUCCUACUUUAAACAAAUUGGAGUAUAAAGGUCUAAAAUUUUUACCAGACCAAUAUUCAUUGCCAUCUAACUUAGAAGAUUGGAUUGAUAUGAAAUAUUUGAACAAUGCGGGAAGAUUCCAAUGGUCUCAAAAAUUUAUUACAAAUUUUGAUUCAAUUGUGGAUGAAGAUGAUGAGGAAGGUUUAUAUGAAAAUAUUUUAAAAUUUGUUGACAAUAUUAAUAAAAAGACUAAGGAUGUAGAACCAGAUACACAAUUGCUGCUUCCUAAACAAGAUGUAUACACUAAGAUUGUGCCAAAACAAAACAAUAAUGAUCAAGGUGAAGCAAUAUCCAGAGAGAGUUUUAAAAGUUUCAUGGCGAAUUUACCACCAGCUUUAACCAAUCCAUCUGUUAAUAUAGUAAGACAAGAUCACUGUAUAAAAAAUGUCUGUGAUCAAGAUUCUUUAAAUGAAUUUAUUGAAAAUGAGGAAACAUAUAGAAACACAUCACAUGAAGACAAAUCUCUAACCAACCAUCUGACUUUCAUGCAGUGGCAAGCAUUAAAAAACAGUUUGCUAAAAUUAAAUUGUUCCUUUAUGAACAAGAAUAAAGUGGAAAUGAAGGUUCAAAUAAUAUGGAAAGAAAAAUGUUUGGAAUACAUGUAAAUAAAAAUAUUUUAUUGA